AUGCUUUCUGAACGAACUUCAUCCGGAAUAUUUCGUACCCAUGCUUUGAAUAAUCAUAAAUAUAUCAUCCCAAUGAGAACUCCUAUGCGUCGCGCUGGUUUUGUUUCACGAGCUGAGGCGGGCAAAAUUUUAGCCAGGCUGUUAAAGUAUUAUGAUAAUAUGCCCAAUACGGAUUUGUUUCUUGUUAGGACCUUUAAGGCUGACGGAUGGACUGUUGGCGCCAUAACUGAUAGAACAGAAGAGCCAUUACUAAAAGAUCAAAUUAUUAGGGGUUGCGAUAUCUCACAAGAAACUCUCAACCAAAUAAUUAGGCAAGAGCGUUUUCAACUUGAUAUGCAAAGAACAUUAUUCCAACCACCGAACAUUCCGUUCUCAACCUCGGAGGAUUCCACAAUUUUGCUUACCACUGAUGGCAUCCAAACUGGUCAAAGCGCUAGGGCCGCCAUCACUCUAUUAAGAAAAAUAGGUUAUAAAGGGAAAAUCGUUUUGGUUGCUGGAGUUAUUGGAUCUGAUGCUCAGAAAAUGUUUAUGAGGGAAGCUGACGACGUUAUAGCCAUAAAAGGACCACAAAGCGUUGGUACUGUUGCCUCAUGGUAUGAAAAUAAUGAGGAACUGACGAACGAACAGAUAAAAAACUUUUUAGGACAUAAUCGAUAUAGCAGAUAA